CUUUCUAGAGGCCAAAAAUGAAGCGCAAGACCAACAGCAGAGAGUCCGUGGAUGGCAAUGGCCAGCCUGACACCAAAAAGCGAGCGCUUUCCAGCGAGGAAGUCGCAUUGCGCUUCCGCGACGGUCUCUUCGAGCCGUCCGUACAAGAGAACUAUACCAAGUUAUAUGCUGAAUCUGGGCCUUACUUGCACGGCGUCAUUCACCCUCUGAUCGAAGACUCCCUCCUGCGCGCCGUGCGCGACGAAAUCCAGGCGCAUCUGCAUUUCACUGAGAAGGAAACGGAUAUCUACAAAAUCUUCCAAUCGGGAGACCUCGCGAACUUGGAUGGAUUGGACGACGGGUCAUUGUCGCGGCUACCCUCUAUCCUUAAACUUCGCGAUUCUCUGUACUCCGCGCGGUUCCGUGAGUUCUUGUCUUCGGUCACAGGCUCGGGCAAGCUGAGUGGGCAGAAGACGGACAUGGCCAUCAACGUUUACAACGAGGGAUGCCAUCUCCUCUGCCACGACGAUGUCAUUGGAAGCAGGCGACUCAGUUAUAUUCUGUACCUGACCGACCCCGACACCCCAUGGCAAGCGGAAUGGGGCGGCGCUCUACGCUUGUACCCUACGACAACGAAGAAGGAUGCCAAGGGUGAAGACGUCAAGGUCCCAAGCCCAGACUUCUCUCUGAGCAUUCCGCCCGCUUUCAACCAGUUGAGCUUUUUUACUGUUCAGCCCGGUGAGAGCUUUCACGAUGUCGAGGAGGUCUAUCACCCGGCCGAAAAUGAGGACAAGUCCAAGAAGCGCGUUCGAAUGGCCAUCAGCGGUUGGUUCCAUAUUCCCCAGGAAGGCGAAGAUGGAUACGAAGAAGGGCUGGAGGAGAAGCUCGCCGAGCGUAGUAGUCUCUCCCAGCUUCAAGGCCGCGCGGACAUCUACGACCUGCCCCAGCCAAAGACUGUUAUCUGCGAGGACGAAGCGGAAGAAGCCAAGGAGGACCCCAAAGGCAAGGGCAAGGCCAAAGCUGAGGAGGAACCCGGUGCAGUCUUCACCGAGUCGGACUUGAACUUCCUUGUUCAAUACAUCGCCCCUUCAUAUCUCACCCCCGACAUCGCAGAGGAAAUGUCAGACGCCUUCCUCAACGACUCCUCCCUGAACCUUGAGCACUUCCUUUCGAAGAAGUUUGCCGCAAAGGUCCGCUCAUAUAUCGAAGAGCAGGAGAAGAAAGAACUUCCCGCCUCGUCUGAUGAAAUCCAGGCCUCAACAGACUGGACCGUUGCCCGACCACCCCACAAACACCGCUACCUCUACCAGGAGCCCUCCGCGGAAGCCGGUCACUCAAAAACACCACUUCAAGAACUUCUGAAUGACCUCUUCCCCUCCAAGCCAUUCCGGAAGUGGCUUUCGCUUAUCACAGGCUCAGAUCGUAUUACCAGCUACAACCUCCUUGCGCGCCGCUUCCGCCGAGGCAAGGACUACACCCUAGCCAACAGCUACGUUGGCGAAGAGCCCCGCCUGGAGUUCACCCUUUGUCUAACUCCAACUCCGGGCUGGGAAAAGGAAGACCCAGAAGAGGAAGAAGAAGCGUCUGGGGAUGCAAAUGGUACCUCCGAAGCAAGCUCUUCCAAGAAGGCCAGCAACAAGAAGUCCGAAUCCAAGUCUGACCAGGACGACCACGAAAUCUCCGUCGGCGGCUACGAGAUCUACAUGGCCGGCGACGACGAAGAGGAGAAGUCCGGUGCCGCCGACCCGGCCAUUUACCAAUCCGCCGCGGACGACGAAGAUGAUGGAAUCCUAUUCAGCACAGCAGCAGGCUGGAACCGGCUUAGCAUUGUGCUGCGGGACAGCGGGACCCUGAGGUUUGUCAAGUAUGUUAGUGCUGCGGCGAAAGGGGAUCGGUGGGAUAUCACAGGUGAGAUGGGUGUUGAAUUCAAUGAAGACGAUGACGAUGAGGAGGGUGAGGAGGGUGAGGGAGACGAUGGGGAUGAAGACGACGAGGUCGAGGACGAAGAUAUGGAUGAGGAUGAGGAGUAAAAUCCAUGGUAUCUUCAUAUACAGUUAUCUAUACAGCCAUCUACCUAUCCAAACCAGCAUCACAUAGACCAACAUCAGGAACAAAAAGCAAUCAUACCAAAACACGAUAGGUAUCAAUCAGGCGUCCCUAGGUAUCUGCAGUUAUCUGCGGUC